UGCUACUGCUACCUCGGUUUAGUCGUCUGAUGGCGCGCGGGAUUUCUUUAACCAUAAAAUGGCGAACGGGACGCCGUCAACACUUGGAUUAAACGGAGACGCGCACUCGGCGGAAAACAACAAUUCAAGUUUACACGAGGUGUCCCAUUCAGGACAGAGCCGCAUCCGAAGUCAACGGUUCAGGACUUCAUGUUAUAUCUCACAGGAGCUAGCUGUGAUUUUCAAAGAAAAGUAAUAUUCAUCAUUCUCUGUAAUUAUCAAAGCCAGCCUAUACAGGUGUUUUCGUCAACAACAAAAUGAACGCACCCUGUGCUGCUGUUGUGUGUUUGCUCUUGGUUCCAGUUUCUGUUUUAGCAGGUUCUCAUACUUUGAUGGGGCUUGCAACAUACAUUACAGGAGAAAGAGCAUUUAAUGCUACAAUAAUGUUGGAUGACAUCACUGUAGCUUAUUAUAAUUCAGAAACAAAGAUCUAUGUUGCAAGAGGAAAUUAUACAAAUGAAGAUGAUGUUGUAGAUCCAAAUUACCUUAAGGCUGUAAGUGAGAAUCUGCUUAAUCAUUUUGAAGAAAGACCAAAAGGCCUCAGACCUGACAACAUAGAAAAUCAAAGUCAUGAAGUUCAUCAGGUUAUGGGUCUUUGUGAGCAGAAUGACAAUAAACGUGGACAAAUAAUAAGCAAAAAUGCUUAUAGAGGCUCAACGUUUAAUGAGCUGCGUUAUUUUGACGGUGAAUACACAUACCAGGGAUUUUUAAAUUACACACGACCAGAAAUACAACUAAAUCUUGAGAGGUCCAAGGAACGUCUUGUGCAAUUGUAUUACCCAGCCUGCAUAGAAAUACUGAAGAAUUACCUUAAAAAGAGAGAAACUCAACUAAACAGAAAAGUAACACCACGAGUCAGACUCAUCCGGAAAGCUAUCUCUGAUUCUGGAGGUUCUCGUGUGAGUUGUUUGGCGACAGGGUUUUACCCUCGUCACAUCAACCUGACCCUGUUCAGAGACCAGCAGCCUGUAGCUGAUCAUGAGAUCACUGGAGGAGAUCUGCUGCCCAACGAUGACGGGACGUACCAGAUGAGGAAGAGUCUGGAGAUCAGUGCUGCAGACAAACACAAAUACACCUGCUCCGUCACACACCUCAGUCUGGACAACAAACUGGACGUCUCUCUGGAAGAUGAGCUCCCCCGUUAUCACAUUGCUGUUGUGAUAUUUGUCCUGCUGUGGGUGUGUGUGAUUUUUCUAGUAGCAGUAGCCAUCUGCAGGAAAAGGCAAACAGAAAGACAUCCGGAUGAUGACGAUGUUUUGUAAUAUAAGACGUCCAUCCUAUUUGCAAGGAGAUCAAAUCAUCACAUCCUUUAUCCAAUGGAGAAGGAAUAAGAGACCUGUAAUCUUCAUCUCCAUAUAAAGGAAUAGUUAUCUGAGAUUCCUUAAGAUGUUAAUGCUGUGAACUGACAAGCUGUGAGAUUUCCAGUUGAGAUUUACUUCUCAUGCAGCGUGAAAUUGGGGAAUUACAGUCAAUUUUUCUGUUUAAGUCUUUUUAAGUCCCUUUAAGUCUCAAUGUGUAAUCAUUUUUUUCAUGAAUUUAACUUAUUUAUAGACAGGAGUGUUGUUUCUUGUUUUAUGCUGCAUGUAUGUAUAGUUUUUUUUUAAUGUUAGUGUAUUUAGGGGCACUGCAAGGUUGGGGAUAGGUUGUGAUGAUUCUAAGCGCUGGAUGACGGCGAGGGUCAUGUAUAUGUGUGUGUAUUUUUUUAGUUAGGUAAUAGUUAUACAAUUAUACAUUUUUAAUAGAGCAACAACAGUCCAUCUGGAAUAGUUCAACAUCAUUAAUCAGUCUAUUAUCACUAGCUUAGCUAAACUAUGCUUCAUCCUACACUUGCUUUUAAGAUAUUUUGCUCUUAUCAUGUUCUAUGUGUCCACUAGAGGUCAGUAAACCAUUUCAUUUCUGCAACACACUGAUGAAGUCUAUUCUUUAAAGAAUAGGUUAUAUGGUGUUUUAAAGUGUCAUAAUGUUGUGCUGGAGUCCCCUACAACAGGUUUAAAUGCAUCUAAGGUCAGAAAGCAUUGUAAUUUCCUCUAAAUAUUAAUAUUGGAAUAAUUUUUCAAUGAUUUUGAUACGGUAUGUAUGAAUCAGUUCUGAUCUUAAGGUCUAAGAUCUUAAGCUUCGAAGCAACUAUGCUCUGAUUGGUCAGUUUUUUGAUUAACAACUUUGCAGACUGUUUAACUUGAAGGACAGACAUAUUAAAAACAAAUA